AUAAACAGAGGUGGGGAACACAGAUAAAAACAUGGAAAGAAAAAGCAGAGUAAAUGGAAGGACACGGAUUUGAAAUUGAAAUCGGUGUGUUUUCCUUUUCUUCAAAUUUAAACUGCUCCAAUUCUACAUUUCAUUGCCACCAAAGCCCACCGAAUUAAAAACCCAUUUCUCCUAACCUUCUCCUUUCAAUAUCCAGAUCUCAGUUUCUCAGAAAUUUGAUCAAAUUUUCUCUCGUUUGAUCAACCUCCAUUGCUGAAGACACCAUUGUUUUUGUUUCCACCUACAUUUUGUUCCUUCACAUUCAGAUUUAUUCGUUUCUAAGAAAGAAAACAAUCCCGCAAUUUCCUGGAACUUUCUAGGAAAAUCAGCCUAUUUUUUCCAUUCGCAGUCCUAAUUGGCUCUGUUUUCGUGGCCUCUCGAAAUCCCAAAAUCUGGGUUUCCCUGAAUUUGGCACCAAUAUAGCCAAAUAGUCAACCAUGGGAAUACAGAAAGACAGAGUUAAAUUCAACGUUGGUGGUAGAGUCUUCGAGACCACCACAACCACCCUCGCCAACGCCGGCCGCCACUCCUUCUUUGGUGCCUUAUUCGACGAAAAUUGGGAUAUAGAAUCGGCCAACAACUAUUACAGUAAUUCCGGCGAUGGUGAUGACUAUUACUUCAUCGACCGAAACCCAGAUUGCUUCUCGGUCCUCCUCGAUCUCCUCCGCACCGGAGAGCUCCACUUGCCCUCAAACAUCCCCGAACGCCUCCUCUACCGUGAGGCCGCCUUCUACGGUCUCCUGGAUCACGUCCGCUUCGCCAAGGGGAGUCAAUUCGACGGCAAUCGCCUCCGCCUUUCCCAGUCCGUGACUGGUCGGGCACCCGGAGAUGGUACUGCCAUCCGGGCCGGUCCAGACGGGGGUUGCUCCGUCGCACACGGUAGCAUAGUUCAUGUCUAUGAUUGGAUGAUGGAGGAGCACCCUCCAAUGAACCUUGAUUACCAGAGAGUCAAUGAUGUUAUAUGGAUCGACUCUGAAAACAUAGUAAUCAGUGCUUGUGAGAGAUUAGGCAGGGUUGGAGAUGGUGGAAUGGGAUUGUUCAGCAAAUCCACAGGUGAAUUAAGACACAAGUUUCAGGUGUACCAUGAAAAUCAGGUGAAGAGUUUCACUGGUGGUGCAUUGAGUAUGAAUGGAGAGAGCGUUUUCAGUAGUUGUAAAGGAAGGAGUAAUGAGUAUGGAAUUGGGGUUUGGGAUCAGAUUACAGGGAAACAGAUUGAUUUCUUCUAUGAAUCUCCAGGUUGGUCCCUUGGUGAUGCUGAUAAGUUGCAGUGGUUGAAUGGAAACAAUUGUUUGUUAGUAGCUACAUUGUUUCCUAGGAAGGACAACUGUUACAUUAGUCUGUUGGAUUUCAGAGAGAAGAGUAUGGUUUGGUCUUGGUCUGACAUUGGUGUGCCUAUAAAUGUCGAUGAGAAGCGCGUUCGAGAUGCAAUAGCUAUGGAGGAAAGUAAUUCAAUCUGUGUAGUGAAUGAAUAUGAUGAUUUAGGGUUUAUAGACUUGAGAAUCAAUGGAGGUGGUGUGAGGUGGAGUUCGAGGAGUCGGUUGAUGAAACAGCUCAUGAGAGGGAAGUUGCCUGAUGAACCUUGUUAUCCAAAACUGGCACUACAUGAAGGGCAGUUGUUCUCAUCCAUGGAUGAUUGCAUUUCAGUUUUUUCUGGACCGGAUUGCAUAUUAACAUCUAGGUUGCGACGAAGCAAUGGGGGAUCCAUAUGCGACUUCUCCAUCGGUGGAGAUCGGCUCUUUGCACUUCACAGUGAGGAAAAUGUGUUUGAUGUUUGGGAGACUCCACCUUCUCCCAUUAUAUGAUUCAGGUCUAUACUUUGCUUGGUUUUGCAAUCUGGGUUUUGUUCAUCAUAGCUACAUUCACAUAUACAUAUUGUUGCCUUUUCAUUUUAUGGGUUGUUGAAGAUAAGGAGUAUGAUUUGAAACAAUACUAAUCAGGAAAACCAGUGUAGAUAUUCAUAGUUUUGUAUUUGUAGAGUUUGAUUGUCUGAACCUCUUAGACAAUAUGGUUUGCUUAUUUGUUAUACCGGAAUCAUUAACUAGUAGCAGAAAUUGCAGGUCUUUUUGCUAUUUUAACAACUCAAGGAGGAAUAGUUCUUUAAUGC